GAAGACAACGAACAGUUAAAUUUUAAGCGGCAAAACAAAAGUUUCCUAAAGUUCUGGUGGUUAAUAUUUACAAAUGUCUUGAAGUGAACAAAUUAAUCAAUUCCACAUUGAAAAAAUAUCUGGGAGUGAAUCAAACGAAGAAAUAUUAGGUGCAAAUAAAAAAUAUUGUAAAUAUUAUUUAUAUUGCGCAAAAAUUGUUUAGUGCAGUGCAUUAAGGAAAUAAUUUGCGUUUUUUUGCUAUAAAUUCGUUGAAAAAUGAGUUUGAGCAGAUUGAGGAGUGUUGUGAGGUGUGAUGUGGUGAAAGCAUUUGCAUCAAGUUCAGCGGUGACGAAACUUUUCAGACCUUGUGGUGAAGUAACGAGUGCGUGUAGUACGCAGCGCAGGAAUGUUACACAGCAUAACACUAAGCCAGAUUGGAACAGAGCAGUGAGUGAAGCCGAGAAGAUUGUCGGCUAUCCAACGUCCUUUCUGAGCCUCCGAUGGGUUUUAAGCGAUGAGAUUGCUAACGUCGCACUUCAUCUCCGGAAAUUGGUUGGCAGCAACCAUCCUUUAUUGAAAACUGCCAAAAAUCUCAUAUAUAAUGGCAAGAAUAAUAUGCAAGCAUGGGGUCUCAUUGUGUUGCUCGUAUCAAAAGCGGCCGGGCACAGCCCCGAGAUCCCAGACAUGGAGCAGGAUAAAGCGGCUGGUGUUUUGCACAGUCAACGAGCUUUGGCCGAGGUGACAGAGAUGAUUCGCACUUCCCACUUAGUCCACAAGGGGCUGGUGAACAUGAACUCACGACAGCUGACGGCGGGAGAACCCGACGACAUGAUGUUUGGAAACAAGAUCGCACUCCUGAGCGGCGACUACCUGCUGGCCAAUUCCUGCUCUGAGCUGGCCAACUUGAGGAACCAGGAACUGGUGGAAUUAAUGUCUUCGGCGGUCAGAGAUCUUGCUGAAGCAGAGUUUCUGGGUGAGAGGGACGAACAGAACAACCCUCUACCCUCACGACCGGUGCCCGAAGCCAGUUGGGAGCCUGCAUCAGACUGGGAUUGCAUCCUGGAUCCCUUGCCAAUGGGUGGGGUUCAAGGCUGCCUACGUCGGGAGUGGGUCGCGCGCCAUGUGCUCGCAGCCGGCGCUCUACUGGGAAAGAGUUGUUCCGCUGCCCUCAAACUGGCUGGACACAACUCUGAGCUGCAGACGCAGGGUUAUUUGUUUGGCUGCCACUUGGCGCUCGCGUGGCAAGCAUUUCUUGACCUGGAAGCGUUCACGGGCCCCGAACCGGCCAGCUUCUCGCUAGUGGGCGCUCCGAUGGCAUUCACUCUGCAAGCGAAGCCCGAGCUUUAUAAAUACAUAGAGGCUGGUCGACGCAGCGUGCAAGAUAUCGACUAUCAUGCUUUAUACCGCGCCGUGGUAGAGGGCACCGGCAUCGCCCACACUCAACAACUGCAGCGGCAGCACGUAGACGCGGCACGACACGUGUUACACCGCUUCCCUGUAGGAGAUGCGCGUGCGGCGCUCGCCAAUAUCAUCGGCGCCAUGCGGCACGAUCUCUAGCGGUCUCUUCAAACUCUUCACACGACGCGAGCUCUUGAUACAGAAGACUUACCGUACGAACAAUUACUUGUAAGUAAGGUAGGUAUACACUUUUCAUAUGUAGAUGUAGGUAUUAUCUUUCUACAAAAAAAUAAUUCAAAACAGCAAAAUGUUGCAGUAGAUGUUAUCUUUGUUAACAAUGUUUUUUAUAAAUUUAUGAACUUAUACCAAUUACGGAAAGGUGAAGAGAUAAUUUUAAACAUUUAUCUUUGCUGUUGACUAGUGAAAUGUUUAAUUUAGACAAAAUUUACAUAUAAACAGGAUACAAUAGCUCUAAGCGAAAACAAAACUGCAGUGCCGUUGUGUACUAUGUAUUAUUAGAUUAAAUAUUUGUUGUUUGACUAAUUUUUUGCAGUCUUCCGUUUUCUGCAAGGUCGCACCUCCACCUUAUAUAUUUUUUUAUCGUUCUAUGAAAAUGAGGCUAUACUUGUAUACAUAUGUUUGUACUUAUUUGUGUUUAAUUUCCGUAAGUAAAAUGAUACAUUCCAGUCUUUAGUAGCUAAUGUAUUGAUUUUUGUAAAUAUACAAAGUAAGUGAUAUGAUAACUAUAUUAAUCUGGUUUGCGAUUGUACCCUAGUUUUUCAGAUAUUUUGUAGAUCGUUUGUGAUAAAAUAUUUCAAUUCAAUAUGUAGGUAAUGCGCCGUUUUCAAUGCAAUCGUGAUCGCAUAACACAUUUUUCCUUCACGAUCACUGUAUUGAUCCUCAAAAAGUUUAUGUUCCACUCUAUAUUAUUAAGUUAGAAUGAAGACAUUUUUUCUAAGAACACAAAAUGUAUGCUCAGUGAUAUAACUACAUAUUAAAAGGAUUUUAUGGAAUUUUGAUAUGAACUAUUUACAUAUAUGUACCGAAAUAUUUUAAUACAAAUAUUGAAUGAAAUGAUAUUUUAAUAACUUUAUAAAUACUAAAGAAGCAUAACGUUUUUUGUUAUUAUUAAAUGUACCUAAAUUUUAUAUAUUUUUACUAAUAAUAAAAUGACAUGAAAAAUAUUUUUAUUGUUUUACUAUAUUUAACUGUAUCUAAUAUUCUUAAUUAUAAUAAUUAAAUCAGACAUGCUUAAAAACCAGGCCGUCGCGUCGCCAGAAAUGAAUUUAAGUUAAAUACAACUCUGUGUAUAAUAUUUGUGUAUUCUGUUAGGAGUAUUUGUAUCCUUGGUUUGUCUUAAAUUUGUUUUUAUUGCGCCCCAGUCAUAUUAGUUUUUUUCUAACGCUCUAAAUGGUCGACUGGUAGAGAAUGCCCUAUGGCAUUAUGUCCGCCAUUUGCUUUGUUAUUUUGCAAUAAAGUUUAAAUAAAUAAACUCUGGCGACGCGAAUUUAACAUACCAGUGGUAAUUACAAGCAGGGGCGUGCCGCCCUUCGCAGCGUCCCCUACCCACUUUAAGGUACGACAUCAUGCCCCUUUUUUUAAUGUCUGGAAAAUGCCUUACGUAUCCCUCAACCGCUGGGGGAGCGAGAAGAAGUUAUCUGGGACCAAUGUUGCCAGGUCCAAUUUUCAAAAAUCAGGAGGCGUUACAGGAAAAAAACAGUAGAUGUGUGGAAAGACCUGCAAGGAAAAACAGAAGAUGCAGGGGCAUUUUUUUUCCGAUUUGCCUCCUCCUCCCCUAGAAUAGAUAAAUCAAAUAUAAUCCAGCAACAAUGAGUUUCUAUAGCUUCUUCCGCCCUUGAAAUUAUAUUGUAUUAAUGACUAAGAUAACAUUCUUAAUGGUGACAUCGGAAAAGCGUAGCACAGGUGACUCGAGUGACGCAUUUUAAGUUACCUUUCACGA